GUUAGCCAUCAUUGUCUCCGUGCCCACCUUAGUUCUCGGCUCUGUAUCAGAAAUUCUAUUCCUUUGGGAACCACAGCCAAAGAAGAGAUGGAACGGUUCUGGAAUAAGAACAGAAGUUCAAGCCGUCCUUUGUCUCCCCACCUCACUAUUUACAGAUGGCCUCUUCCCAUGAUCAUGUCCGCUUCCCACCGUGGUUGUGGUUUGGUCUUGAGUGCAGGAGUCUCUCUUUUUGGCUUGUCCGCCCUGUUGAUCCCUGGGAACUUUGAGUCUCAUUUGGAUCUUGUGAAGUCCCUGUGUCUGGGGCCAGCGCUGAUCUACACAGCGAAGUUUGCACUUGUCUCACCUCUCAUGUAUCACGCCUGGAAUGGGAUACGACACUUGAUGUGGGACCUGGGAAAAGGCCUGAAGAUGCACCAGCUAUACCAAUCUGGAGUAGCCGUCUUGGUUCUCACUGUGUUAUCCUCUCUAGGGCUGGCAGCCAUGUGAAGAGCUGAGGCUCCCAGCAUCUUC